AUGCACCUGAAGAAGAAGUAUGCAGUUGGACCUACCCAAACAGGAGCUCCGUUCGAGACAACCGCCUCUAUCAGAACAGCUUGGAGCAUUAAAGUCACCGUUGAUGGCGAGGUUGAGAAGAAGCGGAGUUCUGUUGGAAGAAGACAUAGGCCGCAGGUUGGAGCUAUCCAGUUCCAUGGCCCUGAUACCACUCUUGCUUCGGCCGGGGUCAACGACACCUCACUGGAGCAGGUCUUCUUCUUCGAAGCAUCGCCUCCUGGCGAAGCCAUCCAGAAGCCCCAUCCUAGAGGACUUGAAGACCAAGAAGAAGGUCAACGACACCUCACUGGAGCGAGUCUUCUCCUUCUUGAAUAUUAUCACCUCCUGAAAAGGACCAUCCUGGAGGACUUCAAGACCAAAAAGAACUUGAAGUGUAUUCUGACGGGCAAGAACACAGCUCCACUUCGGCCAGGGUCAAUGACACCUCACUGGAGCAGGUCUUCGUCUUCUUCGAUGGUCACCUCUCGCCGAUGCCAUCAAGAAAAACAGUUCUGGAGGACUCGAAGACCAAGGAGAACUGGAAGAGUACUCCGACAGAACAGCGACAAGAGCCCAGCUCCACUUCCUGCAGCCGGUGGAACACUUUUCCUUCGGUCGUUCACCUCUAACUGUUUCCGUCUCUCCCGCGUUCCCAUUGGUCGCUGCACUCUUUCGGCUACUUUCAUUGGUCCGCUUCUCUGUCGUGGCUAUUAA